AUGUCGCUUGGGCCAAAAGCGUAUUUAACACGACGAGAAACAUUUUCCGCUUCUCAUCGUUUACAUUCCACGAAUUUAUCUGAUAAUGAAAAUAUUCUACUGUACGAUAAAUGUAAUAAUCCAAAUGGGCAUGGCCACAAUUAUGUACUUGAAGUAACCGUUGUCGGCCAUAUUGAUCCGAAAACAGGCAUGGUGAUGAACAUCAGUGAUCUGAAAGUUUUAAUUCAAACUCAUGUGUUAGAUCUAGUUGAUCAUAAACAUCUUGAUUUAGAUAUGGAGUAUUUUCGAAUGAAAAAUUUAGUCAGUACAACAGAGAAUUUAGCUGUUUUCAUUUGGGAACAGUUGGCUUUACAGAUCGAACGUGCUUCUCAAAAUAAUCAUAUAGGCAUGUCUCAUAUUGUUUCAUUGCGUAGUGCAUCGUUACGAGCACUACGCUCGAGUUCAACAGCAAGUUCAGCUGUUCUUGCAGCAACAAAAUGUACAACCUAUUCGCAGCGAUCAAUUGGACAACAGCAACAAUAUUCAUAUUCGACUUUACCUUCGACCUCAACUGGAAUUCUAACACGUGAAAGACAGCGGACACUCUCUGAGCAAACGCUUGUUAUUGACUCAUCCAAUGCCGGUCUCUAUGCAUUGACUCGCCAUCUUCAUACGAGUUCUAUUCUUUUUGACUCAGUCAGUGUUUCGACACCAUCGUUUCCUGAAUCAGUUAAAGAUGGAACAAUACGUCUUUUAAAAAAGGUCGGCGACAAAGUCUCGGCCGACGAAACAAUCGCAGAAAUUGAAACCGAUAAGACAAAUCUAAGUGUCAAUGCACCACAAGGAGGCGUUAUCGAAUCGUUCUCCGUUGCUGAUGGAGACAAUGUCACAUCUGGAGCAGUUAUUGGAAAAAUUGAUACAAGUGGCAGUGGCACUAAGCCAACUUCAGCUACAGCAGACGCAAAAGCUAAGGCUGCUGCUGAAAAAACCAAAGAAGAACCAGCAAAACAAUCAUCGGACACCAGUGGACCAGCUCCGAGUAAAACACCUUCGGUGCCAGCAACACCAAAAGGGCCCCAACGAGAAACUCCUACAUCACAAAUCUCAGUAACACCAGCUAAACAACAAGCCGUCGGUGGGGGCAGCAGUGGUGGUGAUCCAAACAAAAUCUCUGGUACACGAUCAGAAACACGUGUUAAAAUGUCACGAAUGCGACUGAAAAUAGCUGAACGUCUUAAAGAAGCACAAAACACUUGUGCUAUGUUAACAACUUUUAAUGAAAUCGAUAUGAGCAAUAUUGUCGAAUUUCGUAAAAAAUAUGCUGAUCAAUUUCUUAAACGUCAUAACAUGAAAUUAGGAUUUAUGUCUGCAUUUGUUAAAGCAUCCGCCUGUGCACUUGUUGACAAUCCGAUCGUCAAUGCCGUCAUUGAUGGAAAUGAAAUUGUCUAUCGAGAUUAUGUCGAUAUCAGUGUAGCUGUUGCAGCACCUAAAGGUUUGGUCGUACCUGUUCUUCGUAAUGUUGAGCGAAUGAAUUUUGCUGAUAUAGAAAGAACAAUUAGUGAAUAUGGUGAAAAGGCUAAGAAAGGUUCGCUCGCAAUCGAAGAUAUGGACGGUGGUACGUUCACAAUUAGUAAUGGAGGAGUAUUUGGCUCAUUAUUCGGUACACCGAUUAUAAAUCCUCCUCAAUCAGCAAUUCUUGGUAUGCAUGGAAUUUUUGAUCGACCGGUAGCGAUUAAUGGCAAGAUCGAAAUACGACCAAUGAUGUAUGUCGCUCUUACAUAUGAUCAUCGCAUCUUAGAUGGUCGUGAUGCUGUACUAUUCCUACGAAAAAUUAAACAAUACGUCGAAGAUUCACGUUCAAUCUUUCUCGACUUAUAA